AUGGUGGAGCCAAACGAUAAAAAAGUAAAACGCCAGAAAAAUCUAUUCAAAUCCUGGUGGAGUUUAAGAAGUGGUGCCAGCAGCCACUGUCCCGGCGGCGAGGGUAACGAGAGCGCGGUGAAAAAGUCGCUGCCAAGAGUUCACAAGCCGCAGCCGCCAGUUCAAAGGCACCGGCCUCCUUUGUUUCCACUGGCUCCAAACGACACGUGCCGUCCACACCAUCUGCACCAAAGCGGCGGCGGCAGCAACUCACACGAGUCACGGGUUCAGAAGACCCGGUCCUCAGGGUUCAGAAGACCCGGUCCUCAGGGUUCAGAAGGCUCGGUCCUCAGGGUUCAGAAGGCUCGGUCCUCAGGGUUCAGAAGGCUCGGUCCUCAGGGUUCAGAAGGUUCGGUCCUCAAGGUUCAGAAAGCUCGGUCCUCGGGGUUCAGAAAGCUCGGUCCUCAGGGUUCAGAAGGCUCGGUCCUCAGGUUUCAGAAGGCUCUGUCCUCAGGGUUCAGAAGACCCGGUCCUCAGGGUUCAGAAGACCCGGUCCUCAUGUUUCAGAAGGCUCGGUCCUCAGGGUUCAGAAGGCUCGGUCCUCAGGUUUCAGAAGGCUCGGUCCUCAGGGUUCAGAAGGCUCGGUCCUCAGGUUUCAGAAGGCUCGGUCCUCAGGGUUCAGAAGACCCGGUCCUCAUGUUUCAGAAGGCUCGGUCCUCAGGGUUCAGAAGGCUCGGUCCUCAGGUUUCAGAAGGCUCGGUCCUCAGGGUUCAGAAGGCUCGGUCCUCAGGGUUCAGAAGACCCGGUCGUCAGGGUUCAGAAGGCUGGGUCCUCGGGGUUCAGCAGGCUCGGUCCUCGGGGUUCAGAAGGCUCGGUCCUCAGGGUUCAGAAGGCUCGGGGUUGAAUAAACCCCAAGGUUAUCUGUGGGGGAUGUCGCUGGAGUGGAGCAGGUUGAAGGAAAAUACACAGACCGUGGACUAA